AUGUCCCGCAGCAAUCAUGCCGAAUUGCAGUUCAUACCCUCGUCACAUCCGGGGACUGCGCCCUCCCGCGAAUCACAACGCCGAGCCAACGCACACGCCGCCCGUGUAGCCCAUGGGAGGAAAGCCAAAGGAGAAAACAGACGCUCCUGGGUCGAGACCCAAAAGGUCAAGGCCCCAGAGGUCUAG